CCAGGAAUACAGCGCGUUUCGGAUAGGAAUGGUUCAGUUUGGCACUUCAGAAUUCAGACUGACGCCUCACAUUGAUAAUCUGGAGGUGGCCAACAGUUUUGCUGUCACCAAUUGCUUCUGUUCACAGUUCUCCAGAGGAGUCUACGCCAUUUUCGGAUUCUACGAUAAGAAGUCCGUCAACACUAUCACGUCGUUUUGCGGGACGCUCCAUGUUUCCUUCAUCACUCCCAGCUUCCCUCUGGAUGGGAUUCAGCAGUUCAUCAUCCAGAUGAGGCCUGACAUCAAGGGGCCGCUCCUGAGCCUCAUCGAGUACUACAAGUGGGACAAGUUUGCAUAUCUGUACGACAGCGAUCGAGGCCUGACCACGCUGCAGGUUGUCUUGGACACAGCAGCAGAGAAAAAAUGGCAGGUGACAGCCAUCAAUGUGGGAAAUCUCAAAGACGAGAGAAAGGACGAGGCUUAUCGCUCGCUGUUCCAGGAUCUGGAGAACAAGAAGGAGCGGCGGGUGAUCCUGGACUGUGAACAGGACAAAGUCAAAGACAUUAUGGACCAGGUCAUCACGAUUGGCAGACAUGUGAAAGGCUACCACUAUAUUAUAGCCAAUCUGGGUUUCGUCGAUGGAGAUCUAUCUAAAAUUCAGUACGGCGGUGCAAACGUGUCCGGUUUCCAGAUCGUCGACUUCGAGGAUCCUCUGGUGUCCAAGUUUGACCAGAGGUGGGAGGCUCUGGAGGAGAAAGAGUAUCCAGGUGCCGACAGUAAAAUACGGUACACAUCAGCGUUGACUUACGACGCCGUGCAAGUGAUGACAGAGGCUUUCCGAUACCUGCACAAGCAACGUAUUGACUUCACCAGGAGGGCAAACAAUGGAGAUUGCCUUGCUAACCCUGCAGUGCCCUGGGCUCAAGGCGUGGAGAUCGAGCGAGCGUUGAAACAGGUUCGGGUGGAAGGCCUGACAGGAAACAUUCAAUUUGAUCAACAUGGAAAGAGAGUUAACUACUCAGUUAACGUCAUGGAGUUAAAAACCAAUGGUCCAGUGAAAAUUGGUUACUGGAACGAGAUGGACAAAAUGGCCGUGACUAAAUCAGAUGUCUUUUCUAACGAAUCUACAGGAAUGGAAAACAAAACCGUGAUUGUAACCACCAUCCUGGAAGCUCCGUAUGUGAUGUUGAAAAAGAACUCUGACCUUUUUGUCGACAACGAACGCUACGAGGGUUAUUGUGUAGAUCUGGCAGCAGAGAUAGCGAAACACUGUGGCUUCAAAUAUCAACUGAAAAUAGUCGGGGAUGGAAAAUAUGGAGCUAGAGAUGCUGAGACCAAGAUCUGGAAUGGAAUGGUUGGAGAGUUAGUUUACGGGAAAGCCGACAUUGCCGUCGCCCCUCUGACCAUCACUUUAGUGCGAGAGGAGGUGAUUGACUUCUCCAAACCCUUCAUGUCUCUGGGAAUCUCCAUCAUGAUCAAGAAACCACAAAAGUCCAAACCAGGAGUCUUCUCUUUCCUGGACCCACUGGCCUAUGAGAUCUGGAUGUGUAUCGUAUUCGCCUACAUAGGUGUCAGUGUCGUGCUCUUCCUCGUUAGCCGGUUCAGCCCAUACGAGUGGCACACAGAGGAAUACGAGGACGGGCAAAUUCAGACCAAUGAGUCGACCAAUGAGUUUGGCAUAUUCAACAGCCUGUGGUUCUCACUGGGAGCCUUCAUGAGACAAGGCUGUGACAUCUCACCCAGAUCUCUGUCUGGACGUAUUGUGGGUGGUGUCUGGUGGUUCUUCACUCUGAUCAUCAUCUCCUCCUACACGGCUAACCUGGCUGCCUUCCUGACCGUCGAGAGAAUGGUUUCUCCCAUUGAAAGUGCAGAGGAUCUGGCCAAACAGACUGAAAUAGCAUACGGGACUCUGGACUCUGGAUCUACCAAAGAGUUCUUUAGGCGCUCCAAAAUUGCUCUCUUUGACAAAAUGUGGACGUACAUGCGCAGCGCCGAGCCCUCUGUGUUUGUAAAAACCACAGCAGAGGGCGUCGUCAGGGUCCGCAAGUCCAAGGGGAAGUAUGCCUACCUGCUAGAGUCCACCAUGAAUGAGUACAUCGAGCAGCGGAAGCCCUGCGACACCAUGAAGGUGGGAGGCAACCUGGACUCCAAGGGCUACGGGAUCGCCACACCGAAAGGAUCCUCAUUAAGAAAUGCGGUUAACCUCGCAGUACUAAAACUGAAUGAGCAAGGCCUGUUGGACAAAUUGAAAAACAAAUGGUGGUACGACAAAGGAGAGUGCGGCAGCGGGGGAGGUGAUUCCAAGGAGAAGACAAGUGCCCUAAGCCUGAGCAACGUGGCUGGGGUCUUCUACAUUCUGGUUGGAGGACUCGGCUUGGCCAUGCUGGUGGCCUUAAUUGAGUUCUGUUACAAGUCCCGAGCCGAGGCGAAACGAAUGAAGAUGACAUUCGGGGACGCCAUGAGAAAUAAAGCGAGACUUUCCGUCACUGGGAGCACAGGGGAGAAUGGUCGGGUGAUGACUCCAGAGUUUCCUAAAGCUGUUCACGCCGUCUCUUAUGGGAGACCUGACAUGGGGCUAAACGUUAGCCUGACAGAUCUUUCUUGAUCAAUGAAAAACUUCUGAGUGCCUUACAAUGGUUUAAGUAAAGUGAUUUUUUCCCCCUUCUUUUUGCUCCUUUCCUCCUUUUUCCUUUCGGGCACUUUUCCUGUCUUUGUCAAAUGAAAAUGGAAAAGUUGGAGAUAAAGAUUUUGUCUUACACAAAGACUUGUGAUCCUUUCCUAUUUAAUAUGUCUCCUUUGUUGGGUGGAAAUAAAUUUCAGGAUAUGAGAAGAGAGCUUUUUUUUUUUUCUAGACUGAUGACACAACGCUUUCCUGUCUGGACUGGACUGAGGCAGAAUUGAGGGCUUGUUUGUGCUGGGAGUCGGUUUCAAUGAUCUCCGCUUUGGGUGUGUGUUUAAGUGUGUGAGUGUGUGUACAUAUACAUAUAUACACGCACACACACAUUAUAUAUGAAGACCAUGUGUUUGUGUGUGCGUCAGAAAAAGAUGUCAUCAAAUAACACACUGUUUCUGUAGCCACCACUGCUGAACAGGACUUUGAAGCACACUUGAUAUCAUCCACAUUAAGAUUUGUUUUUUAUUUCUAAUAAAAUUAUAAGAAAAGAUUAUGAGAAAAAAAAAUAUUUUUAUGUAUUUUCACAAAAUACGCUUUUACAUAAACUUGCUACAUACUGGUUAAAUGUAAACCUGUAAAUGUAUGAGUGUUAGCAAAGAAGUAAUACUAAACAACUUCUAAUUCUACAUUUCACAUAAAAAGCCAAAAACAUCACAUGUGGGGACGAAAUGUUGAAAUCAUAAUUACUCUUAUUCUAACUUUCCUGUAUAUUUUAUUAUUUGGUGUUGAUAUAUAAAAAUAUGUCAAUGAUUCACAUUUGGAAUCAAUCUUUCUGUGCUUUUGUCUCUUCGUUGGCUUCAGUGCUUUUUUGCUGUUUGUAUUUUUUCCAGUUAAGGACCAGGGUAGAUGUUCUGCUUUUAAAAAAAAAAAAAAAAGGAAAAAUAAUCUGUUUA